AUGGCAGACCUCUACAGUUUCGGAGAGUGCCAGCAGGUAUAUAUUGCCUGUCGUUCUAUUUUCAAAGGUCGUGACGCGAAAAUACGAAGGUUGCGUAAAACGAAGAAUGCCCUACAACGGAACAGAUCACUGGUGGUAUCUGUCGUACGCGACAUGGGCGAGGAAAAAGUCACCAAAAUCGCCCUUUAUCUCUUGAAAGACAGGGUCUUCGCGGAUGAGACAAAAGCACAUGCCAGGUUCCCGGAUGCUUUCCAGACAAAUGAAGGGGUGGAAGGUGGCACCACUCACUCAGACACUGACAUGACUGCAUCGCUUGCGGUCGACCUCGACGGCAAUGCGUUUUCUGCCGAUGACGAUAUUCACAUCGUAAGAACGCCAGACUGGGACUCGGGAAGCAACAUAGGCAGUGCAGAAUGUGAGAAAGAAGUUGGAACACGUCCUGACGACGACAGUUGCAAAACCUGGACAAUUACCGAAAGCGGGGCUGCCAACUAG